AUGUUUGUGGAACGAUGGAUCCUACUCCUCUUCUUGCCCCUCGUCUCGGCGGCAGGACUAUUCGACUUCCUCCUUGGCUGGAAUAGUGCCAAGGCCACCGAUCCCGCGGUCUUGGACUUGCCGUACGGGUCGUUUAAGUCCGAGUAUCGAGAGACAUCGGACAUACACGUCUUCCGCAACAUUCCUUAUGCGGCGCCCCGGUCGGUGACCUGA